CUUACGUGUUCUAAAAUAUCCUUCGUGUCUAUCUUUUAUUGUGUUUAAUAAAGGUGGGCAUAUUAUGGCUACAAAUAAUUAUUUUGGAUUUACACAUGGUGGUACUCAAUACAGUGCUGCAGCAGCAACAGGAGCCGCGUAUCAAGCAAGUCAAGCUGGAUAUGCUGUAGCUCCAGCAGCAGCGGCAACUUAUGGGACUCAACGUGCUGCAACAGGAUAUGAUACAACUGCUUAUCAAACAGCGGCUACAACUGGCACUUAUGCUGUAGGCGCCGGUACCGGCACUGCUUAUGAUUACGGUUACGGUCGUGCAGCCACUGGUUACGACGCAAGCAAAACUUAUUACCAACAAGCUGCUGCAACACCAGCUUCAGGAUACGCAGCAGCAGCUACAGGAUACGAGCAAGCAGCUCCUAAACAAACGUAUACUACAGGAACAUACACACAACGAGCAACCACUCAGGCUCAACCGCAGCAAGCAGCUGCAAAAACAGCAAGUCAAUAUACUGGAGCAUAUCAAACUACUGGUACUGCAGCUUAUCAAGCAAAUAAUUAUACAGCGCAAACAGCUCAAAGUACAGCUGUAACGCAGCCUGCUACACAACAAGCUAAACAGACUGCUGCAGCAGCUGCCGUUGCUGCUGCAAAUACUACUUACUCAGGUUACGACGCUGCUUUAUAUUCAGCUGCAACAAUGUAUGUUGCUCAACAAUCAACUAAUACUCAAGGUGGUGGCAAGCAAACUGGUUGGCAAGGAUACAAAAAGGGACCUGCAGGUGUAGGUGUUAAAAAUAUCAGACCAAAGCCUCCACCAAAACCACAACAAUUACAUUAUUGCGAUGUUUGUAAGAUUAGUUGCGCUGGACCACAGACAUAUAGAGAACAUUUAGAAGGUCAAAAACACAAGAAACGUGAAGCUGCAUUAAAAUUAACCGCAACAGUGGCAUCAACAGUUCAAAACCGUUCUGGAAAUUCUUUAUUAUGUGAAUUAUGUGAUGUAACAUGUACAGGGAAUGAUGCUUAUGCCGCCCAUAUUCGUGGAGCUAAACAUCAGAAAGUAGUCAAAUUACAUACUAAACUAGGAAAACCAAUACCAUCAACCGAACCUCAGGUAAUUGGUGGAUCUACAACACGUAAAUCCGUAACUGGCACACCAAAGAUAAAUUUCGUUCAGUCUGGUGGUUUAGGAAUUCCAAGCGGCAAUGGCGAUGUGAAAAAUGAAGAUGGUAAUGGAUCAACCAACGAAGAAGAAAUACCAGAACCUGAUAUACAACCAGUUGGUCAAGAUUAUUUAGAGGAAAUCAAGAGUGAUGAUGGAAAAGUUGUUAGUUUCAAUUGCAAAUUAUGUGAAUGCAGAUUUAAUGAUCCAAAUGCCAAAGAAAUGCACAUGAAAGGGCGCCGUCAUAGACUUCAAUACAAAAAGAAAGUUAAUCCUGAUUUAGUCGUUGAUUUAAAACCUUCGUUAAGACAAAGAAAAAUCCAAGAAGAGAAACAACGUAGACAAGCUAUGCGAGAGGAAUAUUGGCAACGUCGUCACAUGGCUGCAGAAGAUGAAGCACAUUAUUGGGAAGAGCAACGACGAUAUGAAGAAGACUAUAUGGAAUGGUGUCGACGAACCAGUGGUGUUCCACCAUUCGGACCUCGCGGUCGACCUCCAUUUCCUGGUGGCCCAGUUCCUCCACCAUUCUUCCAAGGACCUCCACUUGGGCGCCGUCCAGAAUCAGCAGAUGAUCGUCAUGUUCAUGCCAGACAUAAUGAAAUAUAUCCAAAAGAAGAAGAAUUACAAGCAAUUCAACGGAUUGUUUCACAUACUGAGCGUGCUUUAAAAAUUGUAUCCGAUCAAUUAGCUGCACCAACACCUGGAAAUGCCACCGCUAAAGUUGAAAGUGCUCCAACAACCCCUACUGGAAAAGAUGAAAAACCAGCUGAAGGAGGUGACAAAACUGCCGAAGUUAAAGAAGAUGGUCGUGAUAAUCAAUUGUUCUCUUUCCAACGUGAAGAUAAAGAAUCUGCAACAAGAGUAUUAAAAGGUGUAAUGCGUGUCGGUCACUUGGCGAAAGGACUUUUACUGCGUGGUGAUUCAUUGGUACGCCUCGUGGUCCUCUGCGCUGAGAAACCAACAUUGACAUUACUAAGAAAAGUUUGCGAACUUUUACCAGCUGCAUUAAAACAAGUUGCAUCAGAUCGUACCUACAAUGUUCAAAUAGCUGCCGCUGAAGCUGGUUUAUCUGUUACGGAAGAAACACUCACUGUUCAAGUAUCAUUGACAAGUCCGGUGAUGCGUGAGCAAGACGGAGCGGCUGCGACGAGCGGCUCGGACCGGGACGUGUUAGCGCGUGGCAAGUGUCUUCAAGCCCUGGCUGCACUAAGGCACGCCAAGUGGUUCCAGGCUAGAGCACAAGGGCUUCAAAGCUGUGUAAUUGUUAUCAGAAUUCUCCGGGAUUUAUGUCAACGAGUUCCAACAUGGGCACCAUUAAACUCAUGGGCAAUGGAAUUACUAGUAGAAAAAGUUGUUUCAUCAGUAGGCCAAAUACCUAUGGGACCUGGUGAUGCCUUACGAAGAGUAUUAGAAGCUGUAGCUGGCGGUUUAUUGUUACCUAAUGGACCAGGACUUGCUGAUCCAUGUGAAAAAGAUACACCAGAUGCGACCGCAUCUCUCACAGCUCAACAAAGAGAAGAUAUUACUGCUUCUGCUCAAUCCGCCCUACGUCUUAUUGCUUAUAGACAAAUACAUAAGGUUCUUGGUAUGGAACCAUUACCACCACCUAAAUUCCAACGUCGACCAAUGUUCCCAAGAAAGCGGCGUCGUUCAGGUGGCGAACAAGCCGAUUCCGAAGUUGAUAGUGGAAAAAUGGUGAAAAAAGAUGAAGAUACUACCGUUAAAUCAGAUAGCACUGUAGCUGCACCUACAGCCUAAAAUUUUUGUAAACAUAAUGUUUUAAUCAUUAACAUAAAAUUAUCUCUCUUUAGCAUAAGUAGAAUUAUUUUGUCAGUUCAUUGUUGUCUAUCAUACAAGAGAUUAUGACAAUGAACAAAAAUUCAGAAUUUCAAAUAUUCAAAUUUUAUUUUGUAUGAGUAAUUUGUUUUUUGAAAAUUAAAUGUCGAGUGAUUUUUGCAAUUAUUUUUAGAAUAUUGAGAAACAAUCAAAACAAAUAAUAACGGAUGUUCAAACAACUAUUGUAUUUCGAAGCUUAAUAUAUAUUAUAAAAAAUAUCUU